AUGGACAUGAACAUGCCAACAAGCGUGUCUGGAACCCUGCCCACCUUAUCUGCGGGUCAUCCGAAUUCAUAUUUAUCUAUUGUUCUCUUCUCGUUCACAUUUUUCUCCCUCAAGUUCUUCUUCCUAUUUUUCUUUCUUUCUUUCUCUCUUUCUUUCUUUCUUUUUUCUUUCUUUCUUUGUUUGUUUCUUUGUUUGUUUGUUUGUUUGUUUGUUUGUUUGUAUCUUUCUUUCUUUCUUUCUUUUUUUCUUUCUUUCUAUCUUUCCCUGUUCUUGACUAAGUUGUUCUUUUCUUGUUCGCCCUUUUCCUAUUUGCUUUUCUUCAUCCUUUUUUUUAUUUUAUUUUCUUUCCCAUGCCUCUUUAGUUUCGUAUUCAUCUUUUCUUCAUUCUUUAUUUUUAUUUUACCUUCUUUUACUAAUUAUUUUUUUUUAUUUUCUUCUCCACUUUUUUCGAUAAUUUCCAUCUAUCUCAUCCUCUCUCUAUCAUCAACUUCUUCAAAGUGUUUCAUUAUCCUCUUUUAUGUUACAUCUUUAUGUCGAUUUUACUUAAAAUAUUUUCAUGAGACUUCUUUCAUUCUUACUUUUACCUUUUUCUUCCUUUGCAUCAACAAGUAUUAUAACUUCUUUCUUUCUUUCCUUCUUUCUUUCUUUUUUAUUAAACAUUUUAUUCAUGCUUUUCCCCUGUUUAUGGUCAAUGCUUUAUUCUUCCUUCAUUCUUUUCAUAUCUUAUUUUUCAUUUCUCUUAAUGUUUCUCUCUGUGAUUGUUCCAUUCUUCCUUUUUGCUAUUUAUUAUUCAUUCAUUCGCUCCUCCGUUCCUUCCUUCAUUACGGCGUUUGUUUAUUCUUUGUUUGUGCAUUCUUUGUUUCUUUGUUAAUUGUUUCUUAUAUUUUAUUUUUAAUCUUACUUAAUUUUCCCAUCCGUGAUUUAUUCUUUCUUUCUUUCUUUCUUUCUUACAUUCAUUCAGUAAUUCUUUCUUUCUUUCUUUCUUUCUUUCUUUCUUUCUUUCUUUCUAAUAAACCAAGAGUCUGA